AUGGGCUCUCUGCUCGCUGAUGCUCCUUCCAUCAAAUAUGACGCGAUAAUUGUGGGUGCUGGUGUGGUCGGCUCUACUCUCGGUGCUACCUGGGGCCGUCAGGGUAGACGCGUUCUUGUUAUUGAACGGGACUGGUCGGAGCCUGACCGUAUAGUAGGGGAGCUUCUUCAGCCUGGUGGUGUCAAUGCGCUCAAUAAGCUUGACUUAGUUGACUGUUUGUCGGGCAUCGAUGCUAUACCAGCUAUUGGUUACACCGUCAUCUAUAAGGGGGAGAACGUUCAUCUGCCUUACAGUGACAACCCCACGAAGCCCGGAACGAAACUGGAAGGCCGGUCUUUUCACCACGGUCGAUUUAUAUCACGGCUGCGAGAGGCUGCCAAAGCGGCGCCCAACGUAACUUGCCUGGAAGCCACCGUGAACGAGAUAAUAACCGACAAGCAAAGUGGUGUCGUCGUCGGAGUUAGAUGUACCAACAAGUCCACGGAGAAAUCUGAAGUGUAUAGGGCAUCCUUGACGGUAGUAGCCGAUGGAACUUUUUCAAAGUUUAGACGGGAAUUCAUUACUACUCCCGUGAAAAUUCGAUCCCAUUUUGUCGGCUUGGUACUAAAGGAUGCUGUGCUACCCUCCAAGAACCAUGGACAUGUUAUUCUGGGAGAUCACCCUCCUAUCCUAGUCUAUCAGAUUGGCACACAUGAGACCAGAAUGCUGGUGGAUGUGCAAGGGAAGCUUCCCUCAGUCGGUAACGGUGAUCUGAAACGGUAUCUGGAUAAAAUUGUGAGUAGCUCGGUUCCGGAGUGCCUGUUACCGUCUUUCAAAACCGCGUUGGAGACCGAGAGACUACGAUCUAUGCCCAACUCAUAUCUUCCUCCGUCUUCGGGUCAUACACCGGGGGUCAUGUUUCUGGGUGAUUCUUUCAACAUGCGCCAUCCUCUCACGGGUGGUGGAAUGACUGUUGCGCUUAAUGAUGUUGUUCUGAUUUCAGAUUUGCUUUCACCUUCAAACGUCCCUAGUUUUGAUGAUACUGAUCGCGUCAUCGCUCAAUUGAAUGAGUUUUAUUGGCAGCGGAAAGGUCUCAGUUCUGUUAUCAAUAUGCUGGCUCAGGCGCUAUACUCUUUGUUUUCAGCUAGCGAUAAGAAACUAGCACGCCUUCAGCACGGCUGCUUUCGCUAUUUCGAACGUGGCGGGACAUGUGUUUCAGAGCCAAUUGGGCUGCUAUCUGGAAUUAUCCCUGUCCCUUUCAUUCUCAUCUAUCAUUUCAUUUUGGUUGGUAUAUAUAGCAUCAUGGUAAUGUUUAGAGAGGCGACAGCAAUUCAGUACCCUGCUGUUUUCCUUGAGAGCCUGGGUGUUGCUUGGAAAGCCUGUGAAGUCUCAGUUCCUGUUCUUUGGUCAGAGAGCAAAUAGUACGCUGAUUAACUUUUGAUCAUCCGCUUGCAAUCAGCUCACGGCUCAUACCAUAUAGAUACAAUGGGCAAUUGCAGAGUUUCGAAUUAUAUUUACUUUGCUGUAUUAUUAUGUUUUUCAUUGUUUUUACACUGCCUUACAUCGCCUUUGAAUGGGGAGCUAAUUUGUAAUUUUGAUUUCGACGUAACCUGUAUACAUAAUGAGGUGGACGCCGCUGCAUUCUAAUUUUUUUUCCAUGUACAUUAUCAUAUAAUGGACUUGCAGAUCUAUCGCAUGCAAUACAAAUAAGAAGCAAAUGCUAUCAUGGACAAGCUUGAGCUUGGUACCAGGCCUUUCACCUUUGUACAAUAAGCGCAGGAUAUUAAACCGGACACAUCUCCCUGCGCAGUUGAAUUUGGCAGUUUUGGAA